AUGCCCAUGCCGGGUGCACCACUUUGCUCUCACUAUGCGCAAAAUGGAGUAUGCCGAUUUGGGCCCUCAUGCAAAUUUGAUCACCCAAUGGGAACACUGAGUUACAGUCCAUCUGCAUCUUCUCUUGCUGAUAUGCCUGUUGCUCCCUAUCCUGUUGGAUCAUCAAUUGGUACUCUUGCUCCAUCAUCCUCAUCAUCGGACUUGAGGCCUGAACUUUUUUCCGGUUCCAACAUGGAUGUCGUCUCAAGCAGAAUGCCUUCUUCUAUGAGCACAUCAAGUGAUUCUGUUGGGUCAAUAUUUUCAAAGAGUGGAGCCGUUUCUCAGUCUGGUGUCCAGCAGUCCUGA